GUCAAAUGGCAGGUGACCACACCCAGCUGGAGUUUCAUAACAUUGAGACGGGCAUUGUGACAGAGAAGCGCUUCAUGUCCAUGGUGCCCUCCAACUUCAUUGGCCACCUCCAGAGCCUCUCCUUUAAUGGCAUGGCCUACAUAGACCUCUGCAAAAAUGGGGACAUUGAUUACUGUGAGCUCAAUGCAAUGAUUGGCUUCAAGAGCAUCAUUGCUGACCCAGUCACCUUCAAGUCACGGUCCAGCUACGUGACACUCACUACCCUGCAGGCCUACUACUCCAUGCACCUUUUCUUUCAGUUUAAAACCACCUCCCCUGACGGCCUCAUCCUUUACAACAGCGGUGAUGGGAAUGACUUCAUCGUGGUGGAGCUGGUUAAAGGUUACCUUCAUUAUGUCUCUGACUUGGGAAAUGGAGCCCACCUGAUCAAAGGCAACUCAAAUAAACCUCUCAGCGACAACCAGUGGCACAGCGUCAUCAUCUCCCGGGACACCAACAAUCUCCAUACAGUCAAGAUCGAUACCAAAGUCACUACGCAGACGACCACAGGAGCCAAAAACCUGGACCUGAAGGGUAAUCUUUAUGUUGGUGGGGUGGCUAAAGAAAUGUACAAGGAGCUACCCAAACUAGUGCAUGCCAAGGAGGGCUUUCAAGGUUGCCUGGCAUCUGUGGAUCUGAAUGGCCGCCUCCCGGACUUGAUGUCAGAUGCUCUGGACUGUGUGGGUCAGAUAGAGAGAGGAUGUGAAG